UUCUCUCUUUUUUCCCCCUUAAUCACAUACCCUCCCCCUCCCGUUCCCCAACGUGUGGUACUGUAAUUUCCCCCCUGAUAAUUCAGGCGAUUUCCGUGGCAGAUUUGUCCGGUUUUUUCACGAACUAAAUCAUCUGUAAAGAUUUGUGAAAAAAAAUAUAUUACCCGCUGAAAAAUCAAUCGAGGCAUACGGAGAUUUGGCUGGGGCCUUCACGAAUCAGGAGCACACGUUGGAUGUGUGGCUCUCGCCAAGCUCGCUCGGCCACUGUCCCCAACUGCAACCACCUGGCGAUGACGCCUCCCGUACACUCUCCUCACCGAUGAUCCAUCGCCGUCGCCAUUGCCAGCGACCGGCGCCCGCGAGGACCUCGCGUCUUGGCCGCAUAAAGCGGCGGCAGCAGCGCCCCCUGGCCCUGGCUGGUCGAGGGGAGGGCGCGAGUUUCCGUGGAUUCCGCGGCUCUACCGUUCACAGCCGCUCGCCAUGACGCCAUCCAUGAUGGCGCAAGAACGGGGGGAGCCGCUCCUGCAGAGCGGCAAUGGCGCCGCCGGCGGGGGAGCCAAGGGGUGGCCGCCGCCGGCGCUGGCCAGGACCGUGCUCAAGGUCCUCAUGUGGGCGGUGUUCCUCACCUGGGCCGCCGCGAUCUUCUUCUACCCGACCAAGCCCGCGCAGGCGGCGUUCGAGGGUUGGAUGGCGGCCACCAAGCAGUCCCUCUUUGGCAUCACCGGGAGUAUUUUCCUCGCAUUCAGCGCGCCGAUUCUGAUCGUCGCGGCUCUGGCGUACGUCUACAUCUCCGCCUUCCCGAGUGACCAUAUCCAUGUGGAGAAGAACAAGCUGAAGACACUGUGUUUCCGGCUCUGGACUUUCCCUGUUCUUGUGGACGGGCCUUUCGGGGUUGUCUCCGCGGUAGAAUUCAUCGGAAUCGUCCUGUUUAUCGUCUAUGUUGUCUAUUCAAUGACCUAUUACGCUGUGGAGAGCGUGAGUCUCAUCUCAAAAUUUGGCCAGAUUUCGCUUACUUACAGCGAGUUGCUAUUGUACAUUAUUGGCCUCCGGUUCGGAUCGAUCGGGUUGUUUUGCAUGGCUUUCCUGUUCCUCCCUGUCUCAAGGGGUUCAGUUCUUCUCCGGCUUAUUGAUAUUCCAUUUGAGCAUGCUACUAGAUACCACGUCUGGCUCGGCCAUCUCACAAUGGCUCUCUUCACAUUACAUGGCCUAUGCUAUGUGAUCGCAUGGUCUCUCGAGGGGAAUCUACUUGGAGAAUUGGCUGCAUGGAAAGAAAUCGGAGUGGCAAACUUACCCGGUGUGAUCAGCUUGGCAGCCGGCCUGCUAAUGUGGGUGACAUCACUCCACCCAGUGAGGAAGACAUACUUCGAGCUCUUCUUCUACACCCACCAGCUCUACAUAAUCUUCGUCGUGUUCCUGGCAUUUCACGUUGGCGACUUCAUCUUCAGCUUCUCGGCCGGACCCAUCUUCCUCUUCAUGCUCGAUCGCUUCCUGAGGUUCUGGCAAUGCAGGGCCAAGGUGGACAUCAUCUCGGCCUCAUGCCGCCCUUGCGGAACCGUGGAACUAGUCUUCUCAAAGCCAGCAAGUCUCCGGUACAAUGCUCUCAGCUUCAUCUUCGUUCAGGUGAGGGAGCUGUCGUUCUUGGAGUGGCACCCGUUCAGUGUGUCUUCGAGCCCCAUGGAUGGAAGAUACCACAUGUCGAUCCUGAUCAAGGUGCUUGGAUCAUGGACUGAAAAACUGAGGGGCAUCAUCACUGAUGCCCAGGAACAGGGCAGGAAUGGCUCUGAGUCAGAGACCGGCCGGAUCACCGCCUGCGUGGAAGGGCCUUACGGGCAUGAAUCGCCAUACCACCUGAUGUACGAGAAUCUCAUCCUGGUGGCCGGAGGCAUCGGCAUAUCACCGUUCCUGGCGAUCCUGAGUGACAUAAUCCAUAGGAUCGAGGAAGGCAAACCAUGCAUGCCCAAGAAUGUGCUGGUGCUGUGGUCGGUGAAGAAGUCCAACGAGCUCUCGCUCCUUUCUGCCGUCGACGCGCAGUUCAUCAGCUCGUCUGUCUCUGACAAGCUACAUCUCGACAUCCAGGCCUUCGUGACCCAAGAAUCCCAACCUCCAUUGGAAGAAGGCAUUGUUGGGGAUGACCAGAAGGCGACCGGCAUGUUCGUCAAGAACGGGACGACCAUGUCCGGGCUGGUCGGCACCGGGAACAACUUCUGGGCGGGCAUGUACUUCGCCGCGUCCACGCUGGGCUUCGUCCUGGCGUACGCGCUGGCGCAGGCGUACUACGUGCGGCGCCUCAACGUGUUCGCGUGGUGGCACCUGGGCCUCGUGUUCGUGCUGUGCAUGGCCGCCGGCGUCGCGCUCCCCGGCGGCCUCGUCGUCCUCCUGUGGCACCUGUCCGAGAAGCGGAAGGCGGAGGACGACAGGUGGGACGCCGCCGCCGCCGCCGUCCCGCGCGCACAGGACGGCGAGGAGGAGGCCGAGCAGACAACGAACGGCGCCGACGCGGCCGACGGCGGCGUCAGCCUCGCCGCGGUGAAGACGACGCGGUACGGGUGCCGGCCACAGUUCGAAGCGGAGUUCGCGGCGUUCGCGGAGAAGGCCGGCGGCGGCGCGGCGGACGUGGGCGUGCUGGUGUGCGGGCCGCCGGGGCUGCAGGCGAGCGUGGCGAGGGAGUGCAGGUCGCACAACCUCGGCCGCCGCGGCGGGAGGCGCCGCCGCGCCGGCGCCGUCUUCCAUUUCAACAGCCACAGCUUCGACCUGUAGUCUGUAGACCAGAGCUAGUACGACACUCUGCGCAGGUGGCGAACAUAUUAAUUUUUAAUUGAUAAUAGUAGUUAAUAUGUACUGUAUAAAAUAACUAAAGAUUAAAAUUAUAGCCGAGGCCCUGCACCAAUAGUAAAUCCAUCCAUCCAUCCUGUUUCCUGUACAGUACACUACACAUACGACAAGCUCGCCGUCGUCGGCGCGUGCAUGUAUAUAUUCUGCAUGAUCGGAAACGUGAGCAUACGUGAAGGCAUUACGAAUUCACAUACGUCA